UCACCUCCAUCAGCGGCACAGACAGUGGGAGGCAUGACCUUAUUUGCAUCACUUCCUGUGUAGGUCAAUGGACAGAAACAUGAUGAGAAGCACCACCUACCUGUACCUGAGCAGCAUGGCUGUUUCCGACAUCCUCAUGCUGGCAUUGAUGCCCCUCGACCUGUACAAGUUGUGGUGGUACCGCCCCUGGUUGCUAGGUGACGCGGUUUGUAAGCUUUCGCAGUUUGUAAGCGAGUGCUGCACAUUCUCAUCCAUCCUGCAUAUGACUGCUCUGGGGGCGGAGCGUUACCUGGCCGUGUGCUUCCCCCUCAGGGCCCGCCUCCUGGUGACGCGUGGACGUGUCCGCGCACUGAUUGGCGGACUCUGGGGCGUGGCCGUGCUGAGCUCUGCCCCUGUAAUGGCCCUGGUGGGCGUGGAGCGUGUGGGGGGCGGGGACGCAGAGUGUCGCAGUACGCAAUUCGCCCAGAGCUCAGGGCUGAUGACCGCCAUGCUGUGGCUCUACAACCUGUACUUCAUCAUCCCUCUCGCUCUGCUCACCCUCCUGUACGGCCUGAUCGCCCGUACCCUGCGCCAGCGUGCUCAUGCCCACCGUGACAACACACAUCGACAGACCCUCAGGAUGAUGGUGGUGAUAGUGUUGGUAUUUGUGUUGUGUUGGUUGCCGUUCCACGUGGGCCGGACUCUGUUCUCCCUGACCCCCGAGCCCGGAGCCGGUCUGUAUUACAUCAGUCAGUAUCUGAACCUUGUCUCCUUCGUGCUCUUCUACCUGAGCGCAGCCAUCAACCCGCUGCUCUACAACUUCCUGUCCGCACGUUAUCGCGCCAACGUCCGCAGCAUGCUUCACCUACCACCAGGCCCUGCCACAGAGCUGCGCCACAGAGCCCAUCCCUCCCUUUCCAGCACACACUUCUGAGCCUGGCCUGCACUGCAGGGCUCACUGCUGUCAGUGGAGCUGCAUGCCUCACUGUGGAGCUGCACCACAGGGCUCACAGCUCCCUCUCCAGCACAUCUGUCACUUGAGCUCCACUGCAGAGCUGCACCACAGGGCUCAAAUCUUUGACUCCAGCCUGGGCCGCCCGCAGAGUGGUGGUAUAGAGCUCGCACGGUUCUAACCUGGCUUUUGGAACUGGGCCAUAGGUCCCGGUUGCUUUUCGAUCCAGCACACACUACUAACUGCUGUGAUUUAUGUGUGUGUGUGUGUGUCUUUCAUAGACUGAGUGGAUUCUGGGAAGAAAUUGGCUUCAGCAUGGAGCUCUCCAGGAACUGAGCCCCCAGGACGCCCAUUAGUGUCAGUCUGUCUGUCAGAUAGACAGACUUUGUGUUUGUGUCUUGUGUGUGUGACUCAGGUCUCAAUCACAGAGACCUGCCAGCUCUAGAGCGGCCACCUGCUGAGGCAGUGUGUGUGUGUGUGUGUGUGUGUGUGUGUGUGGUUUCUCGUUGAGACCUCCAGUGUGUUUAUUCAUAAAGUUUAAUGUGUGUUUAUUGUUUGUAAACGAUGUGUGUGUUUAUAGUGUGUGUUUCUUUAAGAGUGUUAAGGUGAGCUGCCGAGCUGCAGGGUGCCGCUUGGUUGCCGGGUUACGGGUAUUGAGGUCUUUAGAGGUAAUUGAAUAAACGAUAUUACUGUGGGUUCAGAUAUUGGACUGACUGUUCUUACUGCAUCUGUACAGAUACAUUCACACACUUAAACCAUCCAUCAUACUGUGUGUGUGUGUGUGUGUGUGUGUGUGUAUGCUUGUGUAGUACAGCGGUAAAAUGGGCCCUUUGUGAUAAAAAAAAACAGCCUAAAAGAAUACUGAUGCUAGAAUGCUGUACAGUGAUUAAUCAAUACAGCAGUCAGCAUACAGCAGUUUAGCUCCACCCAUUCAGUCUACAGCAGUUUAGCUCCAUUCUUUUUGUCUACAGCAGUUUAGGUCCACCCAUUCUAUCUGUAGCAGAUAAGCCUCAACCAUUCCGUCUACAGCAGUUUAGCUUCACUCAUUCCGUCUACAGCAGUUUGGCUCCACCCAUUCCGUCUAUCACAGUUUAAACCUUACCCCUUCCGUCUACAGCAGUUUAGCGUCAGUCAUUUUGUACUCAUUCUGCAUUCGUACAGCAGUUUAGCUCCACCCAUUCUAUCUGUAGCAGUUAAGCUUCACUCAUUCUGUACUCAUUCUGCAUUCAUACAGCAGUUUACCUCCACCCAUUCUAUCUGUAGCAGUUUAGCCUCACCCAUUCCGUCUACCACAUUUUUACCUCACCCACUCAGUCUACCA